CCGAUCAGCAGCCCGCCUCGCCGCCCACGCAAACCCUAACCCUAGGCACGCACCUCCCGCUCCAACGCCAUGGCCAGCGGCAACGUCUACACCUCCGUCGUCGACGACGUCGUGGCCAAGGUUCGUAAGGACUUCAUAGCCGACGGCGCUGGCGAGGCCGUCCUCAACGAGCUCCAGGCUCUUUGGGAGAUGAAGCUGCUGCACUGUGGCGCAACCUCGGGCACAAUCGGCCGCAACAGGGCUCCCCCCGCCGGAGCGCCCGCUGGUGCCGGCGCGACUCCGCCCGUCCACGACCUCAACGUGCCCUACGAGGCCACGUACGAGGAGUACGCCACCCCAACCGCCGACCUGCUCUUCCCACCGACCCCGAUCCAGACACCACUUCCAACUGGGGUUGAUACGGGGUCGUGGGACUAUGCCCCAUCGCCGAUCAGUGACAUGAGGAACGGGUUGUUGAUGGAUCUGGCUGAUCCAAGAACUGGCCGCCCUAGCCCUUUCAUGCAACCUCCAUCGCCCUGGAUGAAUCGGAGACCGCUCGGGGUUGAUGUCAACCUUGCUUUUCCUUAUGAUGAGGAGAGCCGUGCGAUGCCGAUGACCAAGAAUUUUCUGAUGAUGUCUUCAGGAAAACGGAAGAGGGAUGAAUAUCAUUCUGGUUCAUUGUUUGUGCCACAACAGGAUGGAUGUGCAGACCAGGUUUUCUUCCCAGGAGUUCCAACCGAAGACUACAAUACCCAUGGGGAAUCGUCGGAAUAUCGAUCUCCCACGCCUGCUGUUGCAACACCAAAGCCAAGAAACGAUACGGCGGGUGGUGAUGAUGAUGAUGAUGAUGAACCUCCUCUUAAUGAAGACGACGAUGACGACGAUGAUGACACAGAUGAUUUUGAUGACACGCAGCACCUCGUCCUUGCACAGUUUGACAAGAUAACAAGGACAAAGAAUCGCUGGAAGUGCACAUUGAAGGAUGGAAUCAUGCAUUUGAAUGGCAGAGAUGUUCUAUUCAGCAAGGCUUCAGGAGAGUUUGAUUUUUGAAAGAAAAAAAAUCAUGGUAAAAAGAAGAUAUGUUAGGUGCCUGCUGUAUCUACUGUUUUAAGGUGGUGACAAAAUAGUACUGGAGUUGUGGCGAGUUUGGCACUAUGAACGUGUGUAGUGUUUUCAUGUUGAGGUUUGCUUCACCCAGUUGGUUGGUUUACCAUA